AUGGCAGACGCCAUGGAUUUGGGCAAAGACCCCAACGGGCCCACCCACUCUUCGACUCUGUUCGUGCGGGAGGAUGGCAGCUCCGUGUCCUUCUAUGUGCGUCCCAGCCCGGCGAAGCGCCGGCUCUCGACGCUCAUCCUGCACGGCGGCGGCACACUCUGCCGGGUGCAGGAGCCGGGGGCCGUGUUGCUGGCCCAGCCCGGGGAGGCACUGGCCGAGGCUGCAGGCGACUUCAUCUCCACGCAGUAUGUCUUGGACUGCGUGGAGCGCAACGAGCGGCUCGAACUGGAGGACUACCGGCUGGGCCCGGCGGCGGACCAGGCCCCGGAGACAAAGCCCGCGGCUCAGGCUGAGGGCGCCGCUGCCGCCGUGGAGCCCAAUCCAGAACCGCUCGCCGGCCGAAUCUCCUUCACCGAAGCGGACGACGUGGCCAUCUUGACCUACGUGAAGGAAAAUGCUCGUUCGCCUAGCUCCGUCACCGGCAACGCCUUGUGGAAAGCGAUGGAGAAAAGUGCUCUCACCCAGCACUCGUGGCAGGCCUUGAAGGACCGCUACCUCAAGCACCUGCGGGGCCAGGAGCAUAAGUACCUGUUGGGGGACGCUCCUGUGAGCCCCGCCUCCCAGAAACUCAAGCGGAAAGCGGAGCAAGACCCCGAGGCCGCGGAUAGCGGAGAACCACAGAAUAAGAGAACUCCAGACUUGCCUGAAGAAGAACCUGAAGAGGAAAAGAUCAAGGAGAAUGAAGAGGCAGUCAAAAAGAUGCUUAUAGAAGCCACCCAGGAGUUUGAGGAGGUUGUGGAGGAGAGUGAGAGCCCUGGUUUUGAAAUACAUAUAACGAUGUGUGAUGAUGAUCCAUCCACACCUGAGGAGGACUCGGAGACACAGCCUGAUGAGGAAGAAGAAGAAGAAAAAGUUUCUCAACCAGAGGUGGGAGCUGCCAUUAAGAUCAUCCGGCAGUUAAUGGAAAAAUUUAACUUGGAUCUAUCAACCGUUACACAGGCCUUCCUUAAAAAUAGUGGUGAGCUAGAGGCUACCUCCUCCUUUUUAGAGUCUGGUCAGAGGGCUGAUGGCUACCCCAUUUGGUCCCGACAAGAUGACUUAGAUUUGCAAAAAGAUGAUGAGGCUUCUCGAGAGGCACUGAUUAAAAAGUUUGGUGCUCAGAAUGUGGCUAGGAGGAUUGAAUUCCGAAAGAAAUGA